UAACAACUCCAGCCAAGAAGCAGCAGGCUGAGUUUGCAUAAUGGGUCAAUGCUCAAUGGGAAAGAAAAAAAAAUCCCAAAUAAGCAGGAGCCAGGAACAAGGAGCCACUGAGUUUCAAAGAGACAAUUACAGGAAAUUUUGCCAAUGUGAUUCAUGGUUUGAAUGCAAAUCACUUGACAGACCAAGUCAUUCAGAGAAGCAAGCGAAUGAUUCUGGAUACUCUUGGAGUGGGGCUUCUGGGUACCAGCACUGAGGUCUGCCACAAAGUGACCCAGUACAGCAAGAUCUACAGCUCAGAUAUAUCCAGUACCGUCUGGGGCCACUUGGAUUUCCGACUGCCUCCUCUGUAUGCAGCUUUUGUGAAUGGAGUGGCUGUGCACUCAAUGGAUUUUGAUGACACGUGGCAUCCAGCCACACACCCAUCCGGGACUGUGCUCCCUGCUGUGAUUGCACUCUCGGAGGCCUUUCCUCAAAAGAAAAAAAUCUCAGGCCUCGAUCUGCUCUUAGCUUUCAACGUGGGAAUCGAAGUGCAAGGCAGGCUGCUGCGCUUCUCCAGCGAAGCCAGGAAUAUUCCAAAAAGGUUUCACCCACCGACUGUGGUUGGUACGAUGGGGAGUGCAGCAGCUUGUGCUAAACUGCUAGCUCUCGACCAGCUGAAAUGUAAAAACGCCUUGGCUAUCGCUGCCUCCUACGCAGGUGCCCCACUUGCUAAUGCAGCAACCCAAACGAAGCCCCUCCACGUUGGCAAUGCUGCCAAGCAUGGACUGGAAGCAGCUUGCUUAGCAUCCCAGGGCCUUCAAGGAAACAAACAGAUCUUGGACAUGGAGUCAGGGAUAGGUGCUUUUUAUACAGAUUACAACCCACAGACUCUGCCAACCUUGCAGUCUUAUCCCUGGCUGUUGGGUCAACAAGACGUGGCCAUCAAACGCUUUCCUGCUCAUCUUGGAACGCACUGGGUGGCUGAUGCAGCAUCUUCUGUUAGGAGGAAGCUUGUGGAGAGCAGUGACAACUUGCUCCCCCUUGAUAAAAUUGAGAAAAUCAUUCUCAAAGUCCCAGAGGUCAAAUAUGUGAACAGACCCAGCCCUAACUCAGAGCACGAAGCUCGACACUCCUUCCAGUUUGUUGCAUGCUCUGCUUUGCUGGAUGGCAGCAUGUCAGUCCAGUCCUUCGCCAGUGAGAACGUUCACCGGCCAGCCUUGCGGGAGCUCCUCUGCAAAACACAGCUGGAGCACCCCCCUGAUAACAUACCUAGCUUUGAGAGCCUUUACUGCGAAGUGAGCGUCAUGCUUCGGGACGGCAACACAAUCAGUGACCGCUGCGAUACGUUCUACGGGCACUGGAGGAAACCUCUGAAAAAGGAAGACUUAGAGAAAAAGUUUCAGUCCAAUGCCUCCCACGUCCUGCCUGCAGAAGCCACAGAAGGCAUUAUAGAGACUGUGUACAAUCUGGAAAAAGUGGAGGACUGUUCUGUAUUAAGUACAUUUUUAUCAGGACAGUCAGCUAGAGCACUUUUGAAGAAGCUGCACUUCCUUUGAAUGCCCCAACCAACAGCUAGAUGCUAUUCACAAUGCAAACACAAAAUUCAGGACAAACUCUUAUUUAGUGACUCAAGCACGUUUAAAUAGGACUCCUGUAACACACAAGCCACGGUCAGUCCAAUAUUGUAUUUUUUGACUAAAAAAAUACUUUAGCAAUUACGUGCACAGCUCAGGCUGAACAGAAGAUCUGCCUGGCACAGUCAACUUCAGUUAUCUUUAAACUUCUAGAGGCAGAGCACUGCUUGUGCGCGACACAAAAAUUUCCCUGCUCUUCUGCCAAAAAUGGUUCUAUGUUCUGCUUCUGCUAAAUAACUUCAUAAAGGAAAUCCAAAUUCUGGAGGAGUAUGGAAAUGCUGUCGGUGAGAAACAUCACUUUGAGAAGGACAGAGAAUAAAAGCCUUUAUAUAUUUAUUUCUGUAGAUUUAGCUCUAAAGCCUCCUUGAAGAGGCCACCUGUUACAUCUGAGCUUUGACGUUUGUGCUAAAAUAAACAUGGCACCUAUACAGAGUGGUACUGCUUGAUACUCUGCAACACGUCAGGCUUCUCUGUAACAAUUGCUCUUGCACUGAUGAAGUAAAGGUCAGCGUCCCUCCCGAUCAAGGAAGCACAAAGCCUUGCCAGAUCGUCCUUCUGAAAGAGGCUGAUGAGCUUUGCUCACAUUUGUAAGAUCAAAGCACAUGUUCUAACAUAUAUAAAAUGUACCUUCCUUAGGGCA